UCUUCUAUUACAGAAAGAUGGAACUGUCGACUCAGAUGAAUAUGUUCGAAGAGUUUCUUGUUCCGACAAAGCAAGAAACCACCGACAACAACUACAACACCAAUAAUCUGAGCUAUACUGGUGAAUUUGAUCAUCAUCAUCAUCACUUAUUUCCAAAUGGAUGGAAUAUUGAUUACCUCAGUUUCAACAAUGAAGAAGAAGACCAAAAUACCCUUCUAUACUCAUCUUCUUUAAUGGAACUAAUCUCUCAACCUCCUCCAUUGCUUCUUCACCAAACACCACCACAAGUACCACCACCACCCUCAUCUUCAUCUCCGCCGUUAAUCUCCUCCGCGGCCUCAACAGUCAAUGACCCUUUCCUGGAGGCAUUACAAGAGAUUAUAGACUCUUCUUCCUCUUCACCACCAGUGAUGCUUCCAACUUCACAAGAAGAUAGCUUCAUUAAUCACUCGUCGUAUCCAUCUCCAAUGAUGGAGUCUGAUCAGAGCAAAAGCUUCAGUGUUGGAUACUUUGGAGGAGGAGGAGAAGAGACAACAAACAAGAAUAAGAGCAAAAAGCUUGAAGGACAACCUUCAAAGAAUCUCAUGGCGGAGAGACGAAGAAGAAAACGGCUUAAUGACCGUCUCUCUAUGCUCCGAUCCAUUGUUCCAAAAAUCAGUAAGAUGGACAGGACAUCGAUAUUAGGAGAUGCCAUAGACUACAUGAAGGAGCUUUUAGACAAAAUCAACAAAUUACAAGACGAAGAACAAAAACUUGGAAUUAGAAACAGUUCACAUCAUUCUAAGCUCUUCGGUGAUAUCAAGGAUCUUAAUACAAACGAACCUCUGGUCAGAAACUCACCAAAGUUUGCAGUGGACCGGAGAGACGUAGAUACUCGGGUUGAGAUAUGUUGCUCGCCUAAACCGGGAUUGCUUCUAUCAACUGUUAAUACACUAGAGACUCUAGGCUUGGAGAUUGAACAAUGUGUUAUUAGCUGCUUUAGUGAUUUCUCUAUGCAUGCUUCUUGUUCCGAGGUAGCUCAGCAGAGAGAUUUCAUAACCUCUGAAGAUAUAAAGCAAGCAUUAUUCAGGAACGCUGGUUAUGGAGGAAAUUGCUUGUAAAGAGUUUUGAUGAUGAAAUUAAUAAAUCAUAAUAUUAUUUACUUAACGCUUUUCAAAAAAGUAGAAGUUUGAUGUUUAUUUCCAUUGUAAGCUUUAAUUUUCUAGGGGAAGACAUUAUGAGUUGUGAAAAAAGGAAAUAAAAAGAGAGAUGUUAGGCUUAGAGAAUAUAUGGAGGUUAUAGCCUUAAUUAAAAGUUCAAGAUCGAAUUAAGGUGUAAUGAUGUUUUAGUGAACUAAACUAUUGAUUA